GUGUCCCAUGCGAAGAGCAACAAUAAAGAGGAGGCGGAGGAAGAGGAGGGUGUGGAGUGACGGUUGAAAUGUAUAUUGCUAGCUUUGUUGCUACUCCUUCUUACUAGUCAGUGCGUGUUUAAUUCAUACAACCAUCACAUUAACAUCUUCUCAUCCGAUCGGAUAUAAAUACAGAAAUUGCUGGCCGAACAAGAGACGGAAUCAUUUAUUUAACAAAGAAAACUUGCGGUAAAACUGGUGAGGUUUACCAAAAGAAGGCAGCUUAGAUUGUUAUUUGUUAUUUUGUUUUGUUCAAUUCCACCCCUAAAAAUAUUUGCGAAAAAUUUAUAAACAAUCAAACAUGAGCGAAGCUGGAACAUCGUCAUCGCCUGAUGUUGAAGAUGAAAACAGGAAUAGAAUACGAGAACUUUUCUAUAAAGAUGAUAGCAAAACUCUUCGCCGAAUGAUAUCUGCUAAAGAGAUCACCGAAGAUGAAUUGAAGGUGAACUUGAUUCUUUCUUGUAAAAUUGGAUCCAUCAAUUGUGCUGCAACAAUUUUAGAGGCUGGAAUAUCAUGCAAUAUGUUAGAUUCUGAAGGGUUUACACCUUUGGCAACAGCCUCCAAAUAUGGACAAAACCCUAUCCUUGAUCUCAUCAUUCGCUGGGAUUGUACAAUUGAUCUCAGUGUUGGCCCUUUACAGAACACAGCUCUUCACUUCAGUGCCAGUGAGGGACAUUUAGAAUGUUGUCAGUCUUUGUUAGAGUCUGGAUCUGAAGCCAAUGCUGAAAAUGCUGAAGACAAUACACCAUUGAUUUUAGCAGCAACAAAUGGUCAUGAUCAUAUUGUGAAACUUUUGCUCAAAUGGAAUGCAUCUGUACGUCGAGGAGGAUCUCACGAAGCAAGUGCUCUACACAUGGCUGCCAGUAAUGGCCAUAUUAAUUGUUGUCAGACCUUAUUGACUGCUAAAGCUGAUGUUGAGAGUGAGGAUAACUUUGGUAAUACUCCAUUGAUGUGUGCUGCAGAAAAAGGCCAUUAUCAGGUUUUAGCAAUGCUGCUGAAUCGAAGUUGUGAUGUGAAUCAUAUGAGCCACAGUGCAGUUACUGCACUUCACUUGACCACACAACAUGGAGACUAUGAAUGCACCUGUUUGUUGCUUGAGCAUGGGGCUGAGAUUGAUGCACAAGACAUUCGUCGUUUCACUCCACUGAUGAUGGCUUCACUUAAUGGUCAUGAUAAAAUCGUUGAACUAUUGGUGCAGCAUAGAUGCAAUAUCAACAUGGUUGCUUAUAACAAACGCACAGCACUACAUUUGGCUUCUGAACGAGGAAAACUGGGAUGCUGCAAAUUACUAUUUGAAGCUGGAUCCUCCAUUAACGCACAAGAUGUUCUUGGCUGCACUCCACUUCAUGUAGCGGCUAGCAAAGGGCAUAUGGAUGUAUUGAAAUUCCUCAUAUCUAAUGGUGCUGAUAUUUAUGAAAGAACUUCCAAUGGUGACAUGCUUCUGCACUUUGCUGCUGCUGGUGGCAACACAGAAAUCUGUAAGUUUCUCAUUGAACGCAGUUUUGACAUUGAUGCACAGAACUAUGAUGGGAUUACGCCACUUGUAAAUGCUGUAAAACAUCAACAGAUUUCAACAUCAAAACUUUUGCUGGACUAUGGUUGUAAGGUGAAUCAUCGAGGCUUGCAUGGAAUGACAGCACUUAACGAAGCAGUUUUCUAUAACAACUUCCCACUUGUAGUAUUACUCCUGCAGUAUGGCGCAGACCCAGAUAUUGAAGAUGCUGUGGGUACCUUACCACUUUGGUUUGCUAUUGAUAAUUUAAACCUUGAUAUGGCCAAAGUAUUGCUGCUUGCCAAUGCUCGAUCAAAUCAGGUUUCUACUUUCUUGGAGUCCUGUGGACCUUGUAGUCCUCUGGAACAUGUACUUCAUCAACAAAAAGAGACAUUGAUCAUCUGGCUUGCAAAAGCUUAUGGGUCAAAAGCUUUAAACGCAUUUCGAAGUCAUUUACACAUUCUACGUAAAAUGCCAUCUGUGAACAAAAGUACCAUAGAAAUGGUACAGACUCUUUCUUGUAAUACCAGGCCAUUAAUGGAACACUGUAGGCAGUGCAUCCGCACUACUUUUGGUAAGGGUGGGAAAGUUUCUAAUGACAUACAGGCCUUGGAAAUUCCAUUAAAAAUCAAGAACUAUUUAUUAUUUAGUGAUUUCGAUGGUUGGCAAUCAGAAGUUAAGGAAAUAAUAUAAAUAUUAUUUUUUUCGUUAGCACUACUCUCAAAAGCUGUUUUAAAUUGACUAUUCUUGCCAAGAGAAAAAAAACAUAUUUUGUAGGAUUCAGAGAUAAUCCGAACAUUUUGAUAUAUUUCACUUUAAAGGGAUUAAAGUUGAACAGAAACAGGAUGAGAGGAAUGAAGAGAAAGAAACCUUCAACUCCUGAGAAUCAUUUAAAGUUUAAUUGUUGCUAAUGCCUUUACCAUUAGUAGAUUCUUCAGACAUCUAGCUGUUUGGGAAUUAAAGCUUAGCUUUCACUUUCAUUUUUUUUUUUGUCAGUAUUGCUAAUGAAAAGUGGUGAGUACCACAAGGUAAGCUCCCAACAAAUCAAGUCAGUGACUUAGUUUUGAUUCCUAGUUGAAGUUAUUUCAAUGCACUUAUGCUUCUAAUGUCUUUUAGAAAGGCAUGAAUGUCUCAAUGCUACAUUUCUCUGCCCCUAUGAAGUUGAGGUCUCAUGUUUACAUCAGACAUCACUGUUAGUAACACAGUAACACAUACAUAUGUGACAUUCAUCAUCGAAUGAGAGGUUAGCUUUCGGCAAGUCAAGCCCAUGAAAAUGAUUUUAGUUUCCCAGUUAAAUGCCAUUAAUGCCCUUUUGAAAACCAUGAACGUCACAAUUUCUCUAUUUACUUUGUGUCUAGUUAAAAGAAAUCAAAAUUGGUAACUAAAGAUAUCCUGUGGUUUUACAGAGUUAAUGGAUAAUGAAAAACUUAAACUACGGAUGUUCUUCCUGAAACAAGAUCUGCUUUCUACAAUCUUAAAGCUUACUUUUAAAGCUACAUCCCAUCUUGUAUAUAAGUAUAUAGACACAUACACACACAUAUAAAUUAUAUAUAUAUAAGAAUAAAUUCUAUAUUCUGACAUAGUCA